AUGUUCUCCACUGGUCGUCGAAGAAUACUCGAUGGACUCAAUCGGAGGUACAUCUACGGCCGUCUGCCAUUGCUUCACGCCAUAAUCUUUCUCAUCGAAAUGGCGGCUGCAAUGCGACUUGCCGCUAAGUUCAACUCUUACUAUGCGGAGAAACCAGUUUUAACCACCAUGGUUACCAAUGCAAUCCUUGGUGGGAUCGCAGACACGGUCGCACAGUUGAUCACGGCUUUCAAAGCGCGUGGAGGACGCCGGCCUUCUGAUGGUAACGAUCUCAUUUCGAUCGAGAUCCACGACCUUGAUAAAGAGAAGCCGCCUGCUCUUGGGGAGCUGGGACAUGCUAGACAUUUGGCGCCGGCCUUCGACUUUGAGCGUCUGACUCGCUUCAUGUCAUACGGUUUCUUCAUGGCCCCAGUUCAGUUUCAUUGGUUCGGUUUCUUGUCCAGGACGUUCCCCCUUACCAAGAGAAACCCGUCGAUUCCCGCUCUCAAACGAGUGUGCGUGGAUCAGCUGAUGUUCGCUCCUUUCGGUCUGGCGUGCUUCUUUUCCUUCAUGACGGUCGCCGAGGGAGGAGGUAGGAGAGCAUUGACUCGCAAGUUCCAGGACGUUUAUCUGCCAACCCUCAAGGCCAACUUUGUCCUGUGGCCUGCUGUUCAGAUCCUGAACUUCCGUGUCGUACCUAUCCAGUUCCAGAUUCCCUUUGUGUCCUCCGUCGGUAUCGCCUGGACUGCGUAUCUGUCGUUGACCAACUCUUCGGAGGACGAGUAA